AUGAUAAAGAGGCUGUUUCCACUACUGCUACUGCAGUUGGUUGCCAUUCUGAUCUUUUCAGCAGGGUUUUUCCCGCAGAAGUCAGUUUUGACAGGCGACGCGGAGUUUCGGUACCAUCCAGAGGAGCAUCUAGUAGUCAAUCCAAAAUUUGAAAAGCUCGUUGUGGUUGUAAUAGAUGCUCUCAGAUCUGACUAUCUGUUUCACGGACCAAUGAGCCACUUCAACUUUGCCCACGAACUUUUAAAUAAAGGGCACGCUUGGGGUUAUACUGCAUACUCUAAUCCUCCAACAGUAACUCUUCCCAGGUUGAAAGGUAUUACGACUGGUUCUACCCCAAACUUUUUAGACGCGAUAUUGAACGUUGCCGGAGACGACUCCUCGUCCACCUUGAAAGACCAAGACUCGUGGUUACGGCAAUUCCACAUCAACCAGAAAACCAUCAAGUUCUUCGGAGAUGACACCUGGCUGAAACUAUUUCCGGAAGAGUUUUUCAGUGAAAUCGAUGGAACCAAUUCCUUUUUUGUUAGUGAUUUCGAAGAGGUUGAUCUAAACGUCACAAGACAUUUACCAGCGCAAUUGGCAUCUCAGCAAUCCUGGGAUGUUAUGAUUCUUCAUUACUUGGGGCUAGACCACAUAGGACACAAAGGAGGGGCAUAUUCAAAGUUUAUGCCGCCCAAGCAUCGGGAAAUGGAUUCUGUAAUCAAGCAGAUUUACGACUCUGUUGAGGACAACACUCUAGUAUGUGUAAUGGGAGACCACGGCAUGAAUGACAUGGGUAACCAUGGCGGGUCGUCUGCGGGGGAAACAUCCGCGGGAAUGAUGCUUAUGUCUAAAAUGCUUGGAAAUUACGAAAAGCCCGUGUCUCAACAACUUGAGAAACUUCCAAUCGAAACAAAAAAUGAGGACUACAAGUAUUUGACAAAAAUAAACCAAAUCGACAUAGUGCCUACGAUUGCAGCGCUCUUCAACUUUCCCAUUCCAAAAAAUAGCAUAGGUGUAAUAAUUCCUGAUGCUCUGCGAUUAUUCUCGCCGCAAGAAGCUCAUCUCAAACUUAUGGAUAAUUAUUACCAAUUAGCCAGCAUCUCUGGCGAUGAACCAAUGGAAGCAUUAACUGACAAUGUCAUGGUUGAGAAGAUGACAUCAAUCCAAAGCGAGCUGGCAAAAACGGCAACUAAUUACAACUACACAUUAUUGGGAAUUGGGUUUUUGCUUCUUCUUGUAACUUCACUAGCUGUAAGCAUUGUAUGCUACAGAAGCACGAAUCUUUGUUUUGCGCUAUUGCCACUAUUUAUGGUGUCGAGUCUCCUUAGCUUGAGUACUUUUGGGAGCAGUUUUGUGGAGGAAGAGCACCAGUUAUGGUGGUGGAUCUCGAUCGCUCUUCUUGGAGCGUCAUACGUCAAAGCACUUCAAGACAUUAAUUCACAUUUAACAGUCCUGAUCUGUCUUAGAUUUAUACGAGGAUGGAACAACAGCGGACAGAAAUACGUCUACGAGCACACUAUGUUAGAACUCUUGAAAGAACACUUUCACUGGCAAUGGGCUCUUAAUGCAAUUACCAUUUUUGCCACGCAAAUCCAUGGACGGCGAGGAAGUACAUUUUCCAAUGUAGCCGGUAUUCUGAUUUCUGGAAUCUGUAUAUUUUACAAGGCCGCUUGGAGUAUCGUCAACGGUGAACAGAUACCAUUCUGGUUGCAAAUAACAUGCCUAAAAAUUGCAAAGGUCUUCCCGAGUACUGGAGAUUCGCUAGGUGAUUUGAAGGGUAUGCUAGUUCCCAUGGCUAGAUUAUUCUUUUGGUGUGCAACAGGAUUAGCUGUUUUCGAUGUUCUGCUGCACCGCUUCAGUCGUAAUGACAAACGCUUUUUAGACCGAAUUCACGCCACAGCCACUACAAUUUUGAUUUUUCAAUCUUCGUCGGCCAACAUCCCACUCUUUUUGGUUUUUCAAAUUCUUUCAUCUCAGUUGGAGUCGUUGUGGCAUCGGUACCAUGGCUCAAAUGUUUUCCUUUUGAUGACUGUCGGGUUGGCUUUACAGCAUUUGACGUUUUUCCAAUUUGGCAGUACCAACUCAAUUGCAACAGUCAACCUGACAAAUGCAUAUAAUGGCGUAUCUGAAAACUACAAUAUCUACGUUGUCGGAUUACUUAUGUGUGUGGGCAACUUCGCGCCAUCGAUUUAUUGGUCACUUUCGUGUCUCAAAAUGAUAUAUUCGAAGCAGCAUGAUUCUAAGUGGGGAACAUUUAACAAGUCGCGUCUACCUUCUUUGCUGUUCUACUGCGUUUUCGGGUGCUUUCUAUUUGGCUCCUGUGUAGUUCAAAGGUAUCACUUGUUCAUCUGGAGUGUUUUUAGUCCCAAAUUGUGCUACUACGUCAGCUGGAACUUGUUUAUGAACACCUUGAUUGCGUGGUUAAUCGAAGGCGUGCUCGUAUUACUCUUGUAA